AUGCUUCAGGAGAACUGCACGGCAAUGCUGAAUUUUAUGUUUUUGGCUUUUCCCACUCAACCACAGCAUCAGACUUUACUUUUCUUGGGCAUCAGCGUAGUUUAUGCAACCAUAAUCACAGGUAACACACUGAUUAUAUUAGCUAUCUGGAGGGACCCUCAUCUGCACAUCCCUAUGUAUUUCUUUUUGGGAGCUCUCUCUGUGGUUGAGCUCUGCUAUACAGCAGUUGUGGUCCCUCAGAUCUUGGUGACCAGCUUGCAGAAGAAGAAGUUCAUCACUUUUAGGAGCUGCUGCGCUCAGAUGUUUCUUUUCAUUGGACUAGGUAGUGCUGAUUGCUUCUUGCUGGCUAUCAUGGCCUUUGACCGCUAUGUGGCUAUUUGCAGACCUUUGAGUUACAUCCUCAUCAUGACCCAGCAGCUAUGCAUUCAGCUAGUAAUUGCCUCACUGCUGAUUGCUUUCCUGAUUUCCCUGGUGCUGGUGUGGCUGGUCUUUCACCUCCCCUUCUGUGCUGAGCUUGGAAUUGACCACUUCUUCUGUGAUGUGCCACCUGUAUACCAGCUCACAAGUAACAAGACUGAACUCAGUGAAGUUGGGGUACUCUUCUCAGGGAUAAUGGCCAUUGCAGUGCCUUUCAUAUUGAUCUGCACCUCUUACCUUUUCAUCGCUGUUGCAGUGCUGCAGAUCCACUCAGCCAAUGCUCAUCGAAAGACUAUCUCUACUUGCUCUUCCCACCUAGCUGUGGUGGCCCUCCAGUAUGGCUGCUGCAGCUUCAUGUAUUUGCGUCCAAACACCAGCUUUUCUCCAAAGCAAGACCAGCUACUCUCCAUGGUCUACACUCUGGGCACACCAUUACUCAACCCCAUAAUCUACAGUCUGAGGAACAAAGAGAUGAAGGUAGCCCUAAGGAAAGUCCUCAGCCACCGAGUUUUUCAAAGGAAUUUUGAAUCCCAUUGA